GUUGUUUAGCUAAAUAGGUGAAUGUAUUUCGCGUCAAAAUCCAAAACUUGUCGUAAAUCUGAGUGGUUCGUCUAUAAAUUGUAGUCCUGCGUAAUAAACCCUCAUUCGUCACGAACUUAAAUCAGUUGAAAUUGGAAGAUGAAUAUCAGCUUGGAACUAUCUUCAACACUUUGGAUAAAAUGUGGCAGUCUUAUUUUCUUGACAUGUCAAACCUCCUGCCUAAUUUUAUUGAUGCGUGUUUCACGUUCAGUUCAGAAUUCGGAGUUAUACUCAGCUUCAACGGUUGUUGUAUGUAGUGAAUUUCUAAAACUUCUACUGUCGAUAUUUUUGGUUUUAUCCCAAGAAGGUGAAAUUAAACGUAGUAUUUCAUCAAUAUAUAAUCAAAUAAUUGUUCAGUAUGAUGAUAUGAUUCAAAUUUUAAUUCCCUCAACUCUUUAUAUUGUACAGAAUAAUUUACUAUAUUUUGCCAUUUCACAUUUGAAUGCUGUUUUAUAUCAGAUACUUUAUCAGAGUAAAAUAUUCACUACUGCUAUGUUUAUGAUACUAUUAUUAAAUCACCGCCUACGUUCAACUCAAUGGUUUGCUCUCUUAUUACUCAGUACAGGUAUUAUCUUAACACAGUUGCCUUCAUUAGAUCAAUCAACAUCGAGCAGUGAAUUCCAUUCAAAUUUUUAUGGGUUGUUGGCAAUUUUAUUGGCUUCUUUUACUAGCGGCUUUGCUGGUGUUUACCUUGAGAAAAUAUUUAAAGGAACGUCAACUUCGAUCUGGAUGCGAAAUCUACAGUUAGGUCUCUUCGGCGUGCCAAUCGGUCUGUUUGGAGUCUUCAUUAACGAUGCAUCAAGAGUCAAAACUCUGGGUUUUUUUUACGGUUACACACCUAUCGUUUGGAUUGUAGUUAUUCUUCAGGCGUUUGGAGGGCUAGCAAUAGCCUUUGUCAUGAAAUAUGCUGAUAACAUUUUGAAAGGUUUCUCUAUGGGUCUAUCAAUGAUUCUGUCAUCUCUCAUAUCUUAUUUCCUGUUUGAUGACUUUACUCCAAACAUGUAUUUAUUUGUCGGAUCCAUAUUAGUUAUCAGUGCAACGCUAAUAUACGGUCUCCCCGCAAAGUAUGACGCAGUCUACCCAAACGUAAACAAAGCAUAAACUUGCAGGAAAUGUUACAUCAACAUAGUGAUAACAAUCAAAUUGUAAAGUGUUUUUUUCUGGAAAAAUAAAAAUGACAAUCUGUUAUAACGCUCGGAUUUCCUUUGUCUUUACGAAUGGGACGCUAAUUUGCCGUAGACGUAUAUCUCCAUUAGAUUUCCUCCCGGUGUCUAUUCUACAGGACUUCAACACAACUCAGAUCAAGAACACGUGAUUAGUCUGACUGAAACGUAAAUAUAUUUACACCAAAAACCGACAACAAGCCGACACAAUCCAGCAACAAUCGAUAACAAUAAUAACGAUAAGAAAAUAUAUAACUUAUCUAACGCCUGUCAGACUAUCUACAACCAAUCAUUCUCGCCCACACGUCACAAUCUUAUAAAAUAUCUACGGCGUUGUACAAGUGUUCAUUGAUUGAGAAUGCUGAGGAACAGUGAUUUCAUUAUCACUGGUAUCAUAAGUAUGGAACUCCGUAGGACUUUCCUGUCUUUGGAAUACUGAUAAUGCGGGUACAGAGUACUUUUCUGCUGCCGCCAACGCUAAUUCCUCUGCAUCUUUUGGUGAAUGACCAUUAUCCAGCUCAGAAAAGUACGUGACAGUAAAUGCUAAACCAUCAUGCAUGAUAUUAUGGAUAGGGUCUAAGUCGACCAGUUCAUUACCUAAUUCUUCACCUAAUACAUCGACAGCAGGUGAUGGAUGAGGAAGAUCAUAUUUUUGGUGUGAUUCAACACGGCAACGAGGAGAAUGUUGUGCUACGCUCAAUCCGCUUAAAGAGUAACACGUGUGAUACGCAUCAGGGUUUUUUCCAGGUUUAUCAAUUAAUCCACCAUCAGAAGUAGAUACAUCGUAUUCAGACGUGAAAUUUUUAUUUGAAGACGACAAUUUUUCACCAGAAGAAUCAUCUGCAUGCACACUCAGACCUGGACGAGUGUAAGAAACCUUUUGGCAGCAGAGCAGUAUAUAUUCCUAGUAAAGAAUAAAAUUAUGAAUUGAUAAAUUUUCAUAGUUUCUGGGUCUUGAAAACUAUCACAACUUUUAUUAGAUAAAUUAAUAUCAAA